AUGGCGGAUAAAGUUAGCUUCACAAAAAGGAAAUUGAUAAAAUAUUCCUCAAUGAUUUGCGGUUCUUUGGAAGAAUGCGGCGAGUUAGAUUUGACGGAUGGAGAUUUAGAGGAUAUAUUAGUACCACAAAGUAGAGAUAAUUGUGCUGCUGAGAAUUGGAAUGGUGCAAAUAACUACACCCAUUCAAUUUCACCUGCUGAUUAUAUUAUCGAAAGAAAACUCCUUUCUCCAAACAUGACUGGUUGGCAGUGGCAGGCGAAUAAACAGAAAAUGCUUGAAUCUGAGAUUCUUAAAUUGAUUGAGCAAGAAAAACCGGAAGAUCAUUUGAAAAGAUUCACACGGUCGACUAAAAAAAAAGAUUCUCAACAAGAUGAACCAGUCAGUCCUAUUUCCAUCAGCGGUAGCGAACAAUUUGAUAUUAAACAUCACUUUUUGAACACCCCUCCAGAAACAGAAAGAUCUCUGACACUGGUAUUAUCUGAAAUGAUUGUCUCUAAAGAAUAUGUAUAG